GGCAGACGCGGCUUAUCACAAAGCACUUAACGAUAUGCGAGAUCAGUUGAGCAUAUCAGUGAUUGCGGAGCCUAGUUUAUAUGGACGCCACAGACCCGUAGCGGUGCUAGUGGUGGCCACGGCCAAUCAGACAUAUGUGUUCGAUAUCCAGGCACUGGGCGCCUUUUUUCCCGAGUUGAAAAAGCUGCUGGAGGCUAAAUAUCCGAGAAAAGUGGUGCACUAUAGUCAUCGUAUUACCGAUCAGCUGUUCUAUAAGCACCAAAUUAAACUGACUGGAUUGAGCGACACAUUUGUGGCUCUGUGCGUAGCCCGGCAAGAUAAAAGUGCCUGCUCAUUGCCAGAAGCGAUUUCGUCAGUGCUUAAUAUUCCUCUAAGGGAACUGCUCUGCGACGAGGUCACCGGGGUAAGUGAGUCUCGCCAACUUUUCACAGCACGCCCGUUGAGCGGGGACCAGUUUCGUUUUCUGGCCAGGAUGGCCAUACUGCAGCACCAAAUGCACGACCGGCUGACCUUUGGCCACAUUUGUGCAGGGAUGCAACGCAUGUCUGCUACAUUUAGUCAAGCUUCUGCCGUUUCCGAAAUGGGUACGAUGUGGCACCUUAUAUGGGUCCCAAAAGUCGAUUUGGCUUCCAAUACAUCGAUGCGUACUACAAUUCAGCCGUAGGCUCUCUGCCGGUGGCCUAUGAAAGUGAUCAUGCAGAAAUAUAAGCAAUUAAUCAAAUUUUCAUUGAAGAAAUAGAAUCCCUGAACUGAAAAAGAGAAAGAAGCGACCUGAAUUUCAGCAUUAAGAAAUACAUCCAUGAAAUACAUGUAAAAUAGUUAUCAUACCUUCCGAACAUAGAUCUAAUUUGAUUUAUUGAUCUAAUUUGACCGUUGAAUGAAAUCAUUAAUACAAUACAACUGCCAUAGGCAGUUACGAAUUAUCAUUAGUUUCACACAA